UUCCCUCCCUCCCUCCUCAGUGUCCGCCCGAGCCGGCCCGGGAGGGGAGCGAGGCCCGGCCGCAGCCCCCACCAUGAACAAGUUGAAGUCAUCGCAGAAGGAUAAAGUUCGUCAGUUCAUGAUCUUCACGCAGUCCAGUGAAAAGACCGCCGUGAAUUGUCUGUCUCAAAAUGACUGGAAGUUAGAUGUUGCAACGGAUAACUUUUUCCAAAACCCUGAACUGUAUGUACGAGAAAACUUGAAAGGGUCGUUGGACAGAAAGAAGUUAGAACAAUUAUAUAACAGAUACAAAGAUCCCCAAGAUGAGAAUAAAAUCGGCAUAGACGGUAUACAGCAGUUUUGCGAUGACCUUGCGCUGGAUCCCGCCAGUAUUAGCGUAUUGAUCAUUGCCUGGAAGUUCCGAGCCGCGACGCAGUGUGAGUUCUUGAAGAUGGAAUUCAUGGACGGGAUGACGGAACUGGGAUGUGACAGCAUAGACAAACUGAAGGCCCAGCUUCCUAAAAUGGAACAAGAAUUAAAAGAGCCAGGAAGAUUUAAGGAUUUUUAUCAGUUCACUUUCAACUUCGCAAAGAACCCAGGGCAGAAGGGUUUAGAUUUAGAAAUGGCCAUCGCCUACUGGAAUUUAGUACUUCACGGAAGAUUUAAAUUCCUAGACUUGUGGAAUAAAUUUUUAUUGGAACAUCAUAAAAGAUCUAUACCGAAGGACACCUGGAACCUUCUUCUAGACUUCAGUACGAUGAUAGCAGAUGAUAUGUCAAAUUAUGACGAGGAAGGGGCAUGGCCAGUCCUGAUCGACGACUUUGUGGAAUUUGCACGCCCUCAAAUUGCCGGGAUAAAAAGCACGACAGUGUAGCGCUAAGCGAACC